GUGGGUGGCCGGCCCUGCGCGGGAGGUAGUUGCGCGCCGCGAGGGAGCUGCCUUGUAGGCCAGGCGGGCGUGGAGAGGCCGUGGCGACCCUGAUGCUGCGCUCGCUCUACCCGCUGCUCUGCCUGUGCGCGCUGCAUGCGCCUGGGCGGCCCCGGCAGGGCGCGGAGAGAGGGGAGGUAGUUGCUGGUGCAGCCGCCCACGAAGUUGACGCCGCCUUGUACAGGGAGCGGGUCCGGGCCAUGUUCUAUCACGCCUACGACAACUACCUGGUGCACGCCUUCCCCUACGACGAGCUCCGGCCGCUGACGUGCGACGGGCAGGACACGUGGGGCAGUUUCUCUCUCACGCUGAUUGAUGCCUUGGACACACUACUUGGAUUUUCUUUGGCAAAAUUGUCAAAUGGUUCCUCCUUCCUUUGCUUCCUAAUAAGCUCCUUACUCUGUGGUCUUCCAGUGGUAGGCGGCCUCCUUUCCGCUCACUUGCUAUCUAAGAAGGCUGGUACUGAAGUGGAACCAGGGUGGCCGUGCUCAGGUCCUCUCUUGAGAAUGGCAGAGGAAGCAGCUCGCAAACUUCUACCUGCUUUUCAGACCCCAACUGGGAUGCCAUUUGGGACAGUGAAUUUGCUGCAUGGAGUAAACCCUGGAGAGACCCCAGUUACCUGUACUGCUGGCAUUGGGACAUUUAUAGUGGAAUUUGCCACAUUAAGCCAUCUUACAGGUGAUCCAGUGUUCGAGGAUGUAGCCAGGAAAGCUCUUAAGGCCCUGUGGAAAAAUCGCUCUGAUAUUGGACUAGUGGGUAAUCACAUAGAUGUGGUCACUGCUAAAUGGGUAGCCCAAGAUGCUGGGAUCGGUGCUGGGGUAGAUUCCUAUUUUGAAUACCUUGUUAAAGGAGCCAUUCUUCUGCAGGAUGAGGAACUGAUGUCCAUGUUCCUAGAAUAUAACAAAGCCAUUAAGAACUACACAAAAUUUGAUGACUGGUACCUGUGGGUUCAGAUGUACAAAGGGACAGUGUCUAUGCCCAUCUUUCAGUCCCUGGAGGCUUACUGGCCAGGCUUACAGAGCCUUAUAGGGGACAUUGAUAAUGCCAUGCGGACUUUCCUGAAUUAUUAUACAGUGUGGAAGCAAUUUGGUGGACUUCCUGAGUUCUACAACAUUCCUCAGGGUUAUACCGUGGAAAAGCGAGAAGGAUACCCACUUAGACCUGAGCUGAUUGAGAGUGCAAUGUAUCUGUACCGUGCUACACGAGAUCCUACCCUUCUGGAACUGGGAAGAGAUGCUGUGGAAUCCAUAGAGAGAAUCAGCAAGGUGGAGUGUGGAUUUGCAACAAUCAAAGAUCUGAGGGAUCAUAGACUAGAUAAUCGUAUGGAAUCCUUCUUCUUAGCUGAGACUGUGAAAUACUUAUAUCUACUGUUUGACACAGACAACUUCAUUCACAACGAUGGAUCUACCUUUGAUAUAGUACUGACACGUUAUGGGGAAUGCGUCCUUGAUGCAGGUGGAUAUAUCUUCAAUACUGAAGCUCACCCCAUAGACCCUGCUGCCCUGCACUGUUGUAAGAAACAGAAGGAAGAGCGGUGGGAAAUAGAAGACCUGAUGAGGGAAUUUUACUCUCUAAAGAGAAACAAAAAAUUAACUUUAAAAAGAACCACAGGCCAAAGUGAAGGGGAAAGCCAGAAACCCUCUGUAGAUACUUCCUCAGAGGAUGGUCGGAUAAAAAGAAACUUGAAAAACAAUACAAAAAGGAAAAUAUCUCCCUUGAGCUGUCCCAAUCAGCCCUUUAACUCCAAACUUGAAGUAAUGGGACAGGUCUUUUUAGACAACACAUAACUCAAUUUUCAUUGUGAAUUCAAAUAUUUGUACAUAAUAAAUCUGUUUUGGACUCUAGA